UAUAGAUGGUUUAAGUAAUGUAUUAUCUAUGCUAAGCAUUUCGAAUAAUGUGUUCGUAUUCUGUGGAAAAUAAGCAAAGAAAAUAAUUUUUGAUAAACUUAAAGCUAUUAAAUAAAAAAGUUUUAAAUACAAAUGAAUGAUAAUUGUAGGCACAUCAGUUUUCAACAUGGUAUUCAAUAAACUUUGACGCUUUGCUUUGACGUUUGGAAGUAUAUUUUGUAAUUUACUGUAAAAUUAAGAAACAUGGUUGAUUCCAUAAUAAAUAAGUACUUAGAGACCCAAUUAGCGCUUGCAAAACAAAAACUUGAAUCAAAACAUGAAAUUGUAGACAGCGUAACGCAAAAAAGUAAAAAAGUAGCAGACUUAAUAUCGAAAAAACAAAAGAAGAACUUUCAAAUCACUGUAAACGAAAAUGAUAAAACUGAUAAAACGUUUCCUCAAGCGAGUACGUCAGGAACGAAAAGUUCUGACGAGGAUAGCGAAUACAUACCGUCCUGUGAAGAAUAUGACGAUGUACACCUACCGAAUUUAGCUUCUACAUCUCGUACUAAACAAAAUAUCAAGAGAAUAAUUGAUGACGGAAAUGAAAUUCUUUAUAAUGAAAGAAUCGAUAAUUGGAGAAAUUGUCUUAAAUCAUGUCUGUCUGGAACAUAUGACGGUGCAUAUAGUUCUGCUGACAUACAAUACAUUUUGGAAGGAUAUAAAGACCAUGAUGUAAAUCAUGAAUUACAGAAUGGCUUUUGUGUCCCUAACUUCAUUUGGAAGCAGUUGUAUAAAUAUCAAAGAACUGGAGUCAAGUGGCUGUGGGAGUUACAUCAGGUGGACUCAGGGGGGUUACUGGGAGAUGAGAUGGGUUUAGGAAAAACUGUUCAGAUCAUUGCUUUUUUAGCGGGAUUAUCAAAAACAGAUUGUGGCACCUGGGGAGGACUAGGUCCCUCAAUUAUUGUAGCUCCAGCUACUGUUAUAUACCAAUGGGUAUCUCAUUUUCAUUUUUGGUAUCCACAUCUCCGAAUAGCAGUACUCCAUCACUCUGGUUCCCACAGUGGCAAUCACAAUAAACUGAUUCGAGACUUGCAUUCAUCACAUGGUAUUUUGUUAAUUACAUAUGCUGGAAUUGUCAAAUAUAUAAAAGAUUUAUUGUUGAAAAAAUGGCACUAUAUUAUCUUAGAUGAAGGACACAAAAUAAGAAAUCCCAACACUCAAGUUAGUAAACUAGUUAAAAAGUUUAGUACCCCUCAUAAACUGUUAAUUACUGGUUCACCCAUGCAGAACAGUCUGCAAGAAUUGUGGUCUUUGUUUGAUUUUAUGAGACCAGGGCUACUGGGUACUCAUACUGCAUUUAUGGAUCAUUUUGCAGUACCUAUAACUCAAGGAGGUUAUGCAAAUGCCACUGAAUAUCAAGAAGCAACAGCCUUAGAAAUUGCUAAAGCUCUGAAAAAUAUUAUUACACCUUAUAUGUUAAGAAGAACGAAGGCAGAAGUACAAGAUCAUAUCCAUUUACCAGAAAAAAAUGAGCAAGUUCUCUUCUGUGCUCUUACUAAAGAGCAACGGGAUUUGUAUAUGGGUUAUCUCAUGAGCAGCACAGUUCGUAGUAUAUUGGAUAAAGAUUCAAAAUUUGGAGAUCCUUUAAGAGCUAGAGUUUUAGUUGCAUUAUCAACUCUCAGAAAAAUAUGUAACCAUCCUGAUCUUUAUCUUUAUGAAGCAUAUGAAGAAAACGAAGAAAUAGAUGCAGAAACAUUUGGUCUCUGGAAAAGAUCUGGCAAAAUGUCAGUUGUACAUUCCUUAUUAAAAAUUUGGUUAAAACAAGGUCAUAGGACAUUAAUAUUUUCACAGUCUCGAGCAAUGCUUUGUUUAUUGGAACAGCAUUUACAAAAUCAUAACUUUAAAUAUUUAAAAAUGGAUGGUACAGUUAGCAUUAGCAAUAGACAAAAUUUAAUUAAAACUUUUAAUGAGAAUCCUGAAUAUUUAGUUUUUCUUGCUACAACUAGAGUUGGUGGUCUAGGAGUAAACUUAACUGGGGCUGAUAGAGUUAUUAUAUAUGAUCCAGAUUGGAAUCCCGCGACAGACAACCAAGCCAAAGAAAGAGCUUGGAGAAUAGGCCAACAAAGAAAUGUUACUGUAUACAGGUUGCUCUCUGCUGGGACCAUUGAAGAAAAAAUAUACCAAAGACAAAUUUUUAAAAAUUUCCUUAGCAACAAAAUUCUAAUAGAUCCUAACCAAAAAAAUGUCCUCACAACAAGUACUUUACAAGGUUUGUUUACACUUGAAGACCUGAACUGUGAAGGAGAUACAGAAACAGCAGCUCUCUUCAAACAUACCAAAGUUAAUUUGACUGAUCAAGUAAAAAAUGAAGAAAAAAGAAAAAUAUCUAAAAGUUCAUCAUUCUCAAAACGAAAAGUGGAAGAAAUGCGAAGGAAAGCUAGAGAAAUAAGUAAAAAAAUUAAAAAGAACUUAGAGAUGGCAUCGGCCAAUCAAGAUGACCCUCGUGAAAAAUAUAAGAAAAAACGAGAAUUAAUAUUAAAUCCACCAAAAAUUGAAGAACCAGAAACAAAUAUUUUUGACAAUAAAAUAACUAGUACACCAUUUGAGUGUGUUCUUUCCGAGUUAGAUAUUGUAAAUAAGCACACAAAAAAAGAUUAUGAAGAAAAUUUAAUAAAAGAUGUUUUAAAUUCUCAAGAAGAUGAUAAAAUAAAUGAAAUAACAGGCGAGUCUCAGAAUGUAAAAGACGAGAAAAGCAUAGAGGCUAACAAUAAGACCAGCGAACGAAACUUACAAUUAAUAACAGAUAAAAUAGAUGUAAUUGUUGAUAAAACUAGAACAAAAGAAAAAUCUAAGUCUCGGAAAAGAAAAUACUCAUCAGAAUGUGAGAUCGAGAAUUUGGUAAAAGUGAAAAAAGUUAAACAUAAAAAACAGAAGAAAGAUAAAAAUAAAAAAUGUAGUGAUGAUGAUUAUGUUCUAAGUAAACUCUUUGCUAAAGCAACUGUUAAAAAUGCAUUACAUCAUGAUGUGGUUGUUGGUUUGGCUGAGAAAGAAAAACGACACAAAAUACGACAAGAAGCAAUUAGAACUGCUAAGAAAGCUGUAAGAGCAAUAAAGUUUUCUACAUAAUGA